AACACGCCCACAAAAUGAAGGAUGUUUACUAGAAUCAUUGGCCAGUGUCUUUGAAUAGCUUGCGAACCCUGUUAAAUCCAGCAAAGUUAAUGUUUUAGUUUUGUGAUUGUUGUCGACUUGAUGAGCUGUACAAAAUGCCAAGAUGACUACAAUGGCAUAUCUCAUUGUCGCUGCAAUCAGUUUGUCAUUUGUCUGCGAUGCUAACACAGUUACAGAGGAAAACAUUUAUACCUAUUCAAAAAGACGACGCCCGUGUUAUAAAACCGAGAUGAACAUGUUGCUGGUUGGUGCGACUGGUGCUGGCAAAAGUUCCACAGGGAACUCUAUACUGGGCAAGAACGUCUUUGAAACAGCCUCUAACUCUGCACCGAAAACCAAACAACUCCAGAUCGCCUCCGCGGAGAACGACGGAUACAAGUUCACUGUUGUCGAUACGCCGAGUGUUAACGGCGCCGCACUCGAGCAGAACAGUUUGGAGGAGAUUUUAUUCAACAACUUCUCAACAAGUUUUAAAUACCAUGAUGCUAUCUUGUACGUCAUGCCUUUGGGGGUCAUAUUCAAGGAAGAAGAUGAAAACACGAUUGAAAUUUUAAGAUGGACGUUUGGGGAUAUAGUAAUUAAGGAAAGACUUAUACUUGUAGUUACCCAUUAUAUGGAGUGGUUGUAUCCAACAGAAAUCGAAAUUUCUUUUAUGGGUAGAUGGCAAUCAUGGUUUACUCUCACUUGUAAUCUUUUGCUGAAGGAUUGUGGGAGGAGAAUUAUUUUGUUUGACAAUAAGGCGAAAGACAAAGAAACAAUGAAGGAGCAAGUCAGAAGAUUGACCAAACUAGUCGAUGGAAUCAGAAAAACAUAUUCAAAACACAAUUUACGUUGGGGACUGGAAGAGGCUGUGACAAAUAUUUGUAACGAGUUUAAAAACAUUUCAGCGGACGAACCUCGGCGUUUGUGUUUGCUGGAGGGGCUAAAAAAUCGACUUUUAACCGAGAUUGAUUUCCUCUUGAGUAAAAUAUCAAGGAAGCCGAGCUUGGUACAACUGCUGCGUGAAUCAUUCCAGUUGUUUAAUGAAAUCAGUCAUGCUAUCCUCGAGACAAAUUUCACCAAGAAAAAGGAACCUGAACCUGAACCUGAACCUGAACCAGAACCUGAGAGUGGAUUUAUGGACCGUAUAAUAGAAUUCAAGAAUACGAUAUGGUCCUUUUUUGGUUAUCCGUCUAAGCCAAAAGAAGAAAGCGAAGAUAAGUAGAAUAAGCACAAGUGUAGGCAGAAGAAGGGGGGAGGGUUGUUGGUAGGGGUUGCAACUAAACUUGGAAAUUGUAAAUGAAACAUGUUUAAUAAUGCAACUCAAUUGUUUGAAAACAGAAUUUGUAAAUAUGUAAAUACUAGAAAAAGUAACAAAAAAGCCUGAAUGACUCUUGUCCAAAUUGACGUUUGCUCGCAGACUGUUUGCGUAAAAACAACAAAAUCUACGU